UGAUGGUUUCACUAUUCUCCAUUUCUUGGCGGUCUACGCACGCGUGUCAGCAAUGAGACGCGUGUUGGAAAAAAACAACAAGAAGAUUAACACGCAAGACAAACACGAUGGAUUCACACCACUACAUUACUGUCUACGGAAUGAGAAGCUGACGCACGAGCAACACAAGGAACUCGCAAUUCUCAGUAUCACCUUUGGCGCGUCGGUGACAAUACAAGAUUUGUUGGGAAAGACGCCUCUUGAUUUGUAUGAUAAAAACGAAUGUAAAGAAUACGACGAAACCACGAGAAGUGAAAAGAAACUAGAUUUAAAAGAAUUACUUGAAAAACUAUCAACUCCAUCAGAGAUUUUAGCCAGGGGUCCCGAUGCCGUCAAAGCAUUCAAAGAUGCACUUAAAAACGGUGAAAUAACAGUUGUUAAUUCAAGACUGAUGUUUCUUGGCCAUGAGGGUUCCGGGAAAACCUCUUGUGUUAAAGCCAUGCUGGGAAAAGUGUAAGUACAACAAAAUGCCUUGUAUUAAUUCCAUAAAAUUGUAUUUUUAUAUUAUAUGGAUCAUUAUUUUCCUUGCCUUCCUUUUUAAUCGGUUUCAAUAUUUUUACGUGCAGUACAGUCCGUGCGUUUUCUACUGCAAUUUAACUUUCAAUAUUCUUUGCUUUUUGUCGUGCACGCGCUUGUCUGCUGCGCGUCCGUUUACUUGUAACUUUCUGAAAGUAAGCUCGUUGCUAUGCAAUGAGUCGAUUGUAAGCAUGGAAUGAGAAAAUGGAAAUACUUUACUGUAUUGGAUUUCAAGUUGAACAGUAAAUAGGCCUACGAGUUAUUUUUGUGUCGGGAAAAGUAUGUAUAACUUGUUAAUUAUUUAUCUUUUGUAAUAACUAUUAUUAUCAGUGUAUUUAUUAUCUAAUUGUUAUGGUUAUUAUACAGAAUUAUUUUCAUCACUGUAAUCACUAUGUAUAUUAUAAUAGUGAUUAUAAUAAUAUAAUGGUUAUGAUUAUAUUUUUAUUGUUAACAAGGACUUAUGACUGUUAACAAAGUCGUUGUUAUUACUGUAUUGUUUUAUUUAAUUAGGGACUAUUUUUAUAUUGUUCAUUCUGGCAAGCCAAAUAACAAAAAGGGACCAGCAAAAUCGGAACCACUGUCAUUUCAU